UCUUCUCAUCAAAUACAAAGCUAUUGAUUAUCAAUAGCGAACUUGAGCGGUGAUUUCACACCGUUCAUUGCUUCGGCAAGGCAUCCGUCGGUGCCCCAGGCCAGAUGACCAACGUGGGCCGUGCACGAUCCCGUAAGGCCCUCGACUUUCACCCUCACACUUCAUUCACAUCAACUGCUUUUCUUCCUAUGCCCGCUUUGUGUCAUCUUAGAUGCCAUAGAGGUUGACUUCAAAUGUCCACCCUGGGGUGUGACUUACAAGCAUGGCGCAAGCAGGUCCUAUUACGGACAUCACACAGAGGCUCUUCACGGAGUUGAAGUCCAAGAAUGAGGAGACGCGGGUGAGAGCUGCAUACGAGCUCUACGACAACGUCCUCGCUAUCUCAAGAGACUGGGCUCCCGAGAAAUUCCUCGAAUUUUAUAAUGCAGUCAGCCAGCGCAUCGCGCAGCUCGUCGUCACUGGCAGCGACGCCAACGAAAGAAUCGGCGGUCUCCUGGCUCUUGAUCGCCUAAUCGACUUCGACGGAGUGGAUGCGGCUCAGAAAACUACUCGAUUUGCCAGUUAUCUGCGCAGUGCUCUUCGCAGCAAUGACAAUGUGGUGUUAGUGUACGCAGCUCGGUCACUUGGCCGUUUGGCUAAGCCGGGCGGGGCUCUCACGGCGGAGUUGGUUGAGAGCGAAAUUCAAUCUGCCCUCGAGUGGCUCCAGUCUGAGCGACAAGAAGCCAGGCGGUUUGCCGCCGUGCUUGUCAUUAGGGAGCUAGCUAAAGGCUCCCCAACCCUUCUCUAUGGUUUUGUCCCGCAAAUAUUCGAACUCAUCUGGGUCGCCCUCCGGGAUCCCAAAGUCCUCAUCCGAGAAACCGCGGCCGAAGCUGUCAGUGAAUGUUUUGAAAUCAUAGCUGCACGAGACAUCCAGGUUCGACAAUUGUGGUUUGCUAGAAUACACGAAGAAGCGCUUCUAGGCUUGAAAUCCAACAAUGUGGAUUGGAUACACGGAUCCCUUCUGGUUCUUAAAGAACUUCUUCUCAAGGGUGCCAUGUUUAUGAACGAACACUACCGAAACGCCUGUGAGAUCGUCCUUCGCCUCAAGGAUCACCGCGACCCAAAGAUUCGCACCCAGGUCGUUCUGACAAUCCCCAUCCUCGCAUCAUACGCCCCCGUUGACUUUACCGAAAUUUAUCUUCAUCGAUUCAUGAUUUAUUUGCAAGCACAACUGAAGAGAGAUAAGGAACGAAAUUCAGCAUUCAUUGCCAUUGGAAAGAUUGCCAAUGCCGUCGGUGUCGCCAUCGCGCAGUAUCUUGAUGGUAUCAUCAUCUAUAUAAGAGAGGGCUUGGCUAUGAAAGCACGGAAUAGAGCCGCGAUUAAUGAAGCGCCAAUGUUCGAGUGCAUCAGUAUGCUCUCCCUAGCUGUGGGGCAAGCGCUGAGCAAGUAUAUGGAGGCAUUGCUUGAUCCGAUAUUUGCUUGCGGGCUGAGCGAGUCCUUGACACAAGCGCUCGUCGAUAUGGCUCAUUAUAUCCCGCCGAUCAAGCCUAUUAUCCAAGAAAAGCUCCUGGACAUGCUGAGUAUUAUUCUCUACGGAACACCUUUUCGGCCUCUUGGAUGUCCUGAGAACAGACUCCCUCCCAUGCCAUCAUUUGCCAAGGACUUCGCCCCUCAAGAACUCCACUCCGAUGCUGAAAUUGCGUUAGCACUCCAUACGUUGGGGAGUUUUGACUUCUCCGGCCACAUUUUAAAUGAAUUCGUGCGUGAUGUUGCAAUCAACUAUGUCGACAACGACAAUUCCGAAAUCAGAAAGGCUUCAGCGCUUACUUGCUGCCAACUCUUUGUCCAUGAUCCAAUUAUCAACCAGACUAGCAGCCAUUCGAUACAGGUCGUGAGCGAAGUCAUAGACAAACUGUUGACCGUCGGAAUCGGAGACCCGGAUCCAGAAAUCCGUCGAACUGUUCUUUGGUCAUUGGACCGAAAAUUCGACCGUCACCUUGCGAGACCUGAAAACAUCCGGUGCCUCUUCUUGGCAGUCAACGAUGAAGUUUUUUCUGUCAGAGAAGCUGCAAUCUGCAUCAUCGGUCGUCUCUCGAGUGUCAACCCUGCUUACGUCUUCCCACCCUUACGAAAAUUGCUUGUUAACUUACUAACUGGCCUUGGAUUCGCAAGCACAGCUCGCCAAAAGGAAGAAAGUGCCCAGCUUAUUAGCUUGUUUGUUUCCAAUGCGACCAAGCUUAUCAGAUCGUAUGUCGAUCCAAUGGUGACUACAUUGCUCCCAAAGGCGACUGAUGCCAAUCCUGGUGUCGCAUCAACUACUCUCAAGGCCGUUGGGGAGCUUGCAAACGUCGGCGGUGGAGAAAUGAAGUUAUAUCUACCGCAGCUUAUGCCAAUCAUUUUGGAGUCGCUGCAGGAUCUUUCUUCCCAUGCGAAGCGAGAAGCGGCUUUGCGGACAUUGGGCAAACUUGCCAGCAACUCCGGAUACGUUAUAGACCCAUACCUCGAAUACCCUCAUCUACUUGCCGUACUUAUCAACAUCAUUAAGACCGAGCAAACUGGGUCUCUGCGCAAAGAGACUAUCAAGCUUCUGGGAAUUCUCGGCGCCCUUGACCCCUACAAAUAUCAACAAAUCAGUGAAACCACACCGGACAUUCAUCACAUCAAUGAAGUGCAAACGGUCUCUGAUGUCGCCCUUAUCAUGCAAGGACUCACUCCUUCCAAUGAAGAGUACUAUCCGACGGUAGUAAUCAACACGCUUAUGCAGAAUAUACUUAGAGAGAAUUCUCUGGCCCAGUAUCAUUCCGCUGUGAUUGAUGCAAUAGUCACAAUAUUCAAGACCCUAGGCUUGAAAUGCGUGCCAUUCCUUGGCCAGAUAAUUCCCGGGUUCAUAUCUGUCAUUCGAGGAUCGCCUGCUAGUCGCCUUGAAUCUUAUUUCAACCAGAUGGCAAUUUUAGUCAACAUCGUGAGACAGCAUAUCCGUGCUUUCCUUCCGGAAAUCAUUGAUGUUAUUCGCGAAUUCUGGGAUGUCUCACACCAAGUGCAGGCCACAAUUCUAUCACUCGUGGAAGCCAUCGCCAAAUCAUUGGAAGGUGAAUUCAAGAAGUACCUUGCCGGACUUAUUCCGCCGAUGCUGGAUACCCUUGAAAAGGACAGUACACAGCGUCGGCAGCCAUCGGAGAGGAUUCUCCAUACUUUCUUGAUAUUUGGCACAAGUGGCGAGGAGUACAUGCACCUGAUUGUUCCGUCUAUUGUGCGACUUUUUGAUAGAACCCAAAACCCGCCAAGCAUCCGGAAGUCUGCCAUCGAUAGCUUGACCAAGCUGUCACGUCAGGUUAAUGUUUCUGAUUUUGCAUCUCUAAUGGUCCACUCCUUGUCUCGAGUGGUCGCUGGAACUGAUCGUACAUUGCGGCAAUCUGCGAUGGAUUGUAUCUGCGCUCUCAUCUUCCAGCUUGGACAGGAUUUCACUCACUACAUACAUCUUCUCAACAAGACUCUCAAAAGUCAGCAAAUAAACCAUGUCAACUAUCAAAUAUUAGUGACAAAAUUACAAAAAGGAGACCCCCUCCCACAAGACUUGAACCCCGACGAGAAUUAUGGGACUAUGGCGGAUGAAUCCAAUUUUGCUGAAAUCGGCCAGAAGAAAAUGGUGGUUAAUCAGCAGCAUCUCAAGAACGCUUGGGAUGCCUCCCAGAAAUCCACUCGAGAGGACUGGCAAGAAUGGAUACGCCGUUUCAGCGUUGAGUUAUUGAAAGAGUCGCCAUCACCGGCACUAAGAGCGUGCGCUAGUUUGGCCGGAAUUUAUCAACCCCUUGCAAGGGACCUUUUCAACGCCGCCUUCGUUUCCUGCUGGACUGAGUUGUACGAUCAAUACCAGGAAGAACUGGUUAGGUCCAUUGAGAAGGCCCUCACUUCACCUAAUAUCCCUCCCGAGAUUUUGCAAAUUCUUCUCAACCUUGCUGAGUUCAUGGAACAUGACGAUAAAGCUCUUCCAAUUGAUAUUCGCACACUUGGCAAGUAUGCUGCGAAGUGUCACGCAUUUGCCAAGGCUCUUCAUUAUAAGGAACUUGAGUUUGAACAAGACCAGAAUUCAGGAGCUGUUGAGGCAUUGAUCACCAUCAACAACCAACUCCAACAAUCCGAUGCUGCCAUCGGUAUCCUCCGCAAAGCUCAAGCCUAUCGUGAUGUAGAGCUCAAGGAAACCUGGUUCGAAAAGCUUCAACGUUGGGAGGAAGCUCUUGCUGCCUAUAAACGACGUGAGAAGGUCGAUCCCGACUCGUUUGGAGUUACGAUGGGCAAAAUGAGGUGUUUACACGCUCUCGGCGAAUGGAAGGUGCUGUCUGAUCUUGCCCAAGAAAAGUGGAACCAAGCGUCACUCGAACAUCGCAGAGCCAUUGCCCCUCUCGCCGCAGCAGCAGCGUGGGGUCGGGGCCAGUGGGAAUUGAUGGAUUCUUACUUGGGUGUCAUGAAAGAACAAUCUCCGGAUCGAUCAUUCUUUGGAGCUAUUCUUGCCAUUCACCGCAAACAAUUUGAUGAGGCAACCAUGUACAUCGAGAAGGCACGGAAUGGGUUGGACACUGAACUAUCAGCUCUUCUCGGGGAGUCUUACAACCGUGCCUAUAAUGUUGUUGUCCGUGUUCAGAUGCUUGCCGAGCUCGAGGAAAUCAUCACAUACAAGCAAAACAUCGGCGAUCCCGAAAAGCAGGAUGCCAUGCGCAAAACUUGGAACAAACGUUUACUCGGAUGUCAGCAGAAUGUCGAAGUGUGGCAGCGUAUGCUCAAGGUUAGGGCACUUGUCACUUCGCCUCGCGAGAAUCUUGACAUGUGGAUCAAAUUCGCUAAUCUCUGCCGCAAAUCCAACCGCAUGGGCCUUGCCGAGCGAUCUCUUGCUUCACUAGAAACAGUUGUCUCGGACAGUCAAGGCACACGGGCUAUUACUCCGCCGGAAGUCACUUAUGCUCGGUUGAAGUUCAGCUGGGCCACUGGGCGUCAAGUAGAGGCUCUCCAGAUGCUGAAGGAGUUCACUACUAACCUGACGGAUGACUUUUCGAAAUUCAAUACCUUAAUGAUAUCGCAAGCGGAACAUAAUGGAAUGAACGGCGUGAACGGAAUCGCCGAUCCAAACCAUACGGACAUCAUGGGCCUGCGUGAGCGCAUUGGCGACGUAGCCAAGUUUAGGAGACUUCUUGCUAAGAGCUAUCUCCGACAAGGAGAAUGGCAGACCAGUUUACAACGCGGUGAUUGGAAGCCGGAGCAUGUGCGGGAAGUUCUCAACGCAUAUUCUGCUGCUACUAAGUACAACCGUGACUCGUACAAAGCGUGGCAUUCGUGGGCGCUGGCGAACUUCGAAGUCGUUACAACUAUCGCCAGUCAGGCCAGCAGGGAUGGCGCGACAAUGGUUAUGGUCCCAGCUCAUAUUGUGACUGAACAUGUGAUACCUGCUAUCCGUGGUUUCCUUCGGUCCAUUUCCCUAUCGUCGACAUCGUCACUGCAGGACACUUUGAGAUUACUGACCCUUUGGUUUACCCAUGGAGGUGAUCAAGAAGUCAACAGUGUCGUUACAGAAGGUUUCACGGCUGUGAAUAUUGAUACUUGGCUCGCCGUUACUCCUCAACUUAUAGCACGUAUCAACCAGCCUAAUAUCAGAGUACGAAGUGCCGUUCAUAGAUUACUGGCCGAGGUUGGAAAAACUCAUCCUCAGGCCCUGGUGUAUCCUUUGACGGUUGCUAUGAAGUCCAAUGUCACUAGGCGGUCUCAAUCGGCUAGUAACAUCAUGGACAACAUGCGACAACACAGUGCAAAACUGGUUGAACAAGCAGAUCUCGUGAGCAAUGAAUUGAUCCGAGUUGCAGUCUUGUGGCACGAACUUUGGCAUGAAGGCUUGGAGGAAGCCUCCCGUCUUUACUUCGGUGACCACAACGUGGAGGGGAUGUUUGCAACACUUGCGCCGCUCCACGAGAUGCUUGACAAGGGCGCAGAAACCCUGCGUGAAGUGUCUUUUGCACAAGCCUUCGGACGUGAUCUCGCGGAGGCGAAACACUACUGCAUGUUGUAUCGUGAAACCGAGGAGAUCGGCGAUCUGAACCAAGCUUGGGAUCUCUAUUACACCGUGUUCAGAAAGGUUAGCCGACAGCUUCCACAGCUGUCCAUUCUCGACUUGAAAUACGUAUCUCCCAGACUUAAAGACUGCACCGACCUUGAUCUUGCUGUUCCAGGAACCUAUCAGAGCGGCAGACCAAUCAUCCGGAUCAUCAGUUUUGACCCUAUCCUACAUGUUCUUCAAACCAAGAAGCGGCCACGAAGGAUGACGCUAAAGGGCAGUGAUGGAAACUCCUACAUGUAUGCUCUUAAGGGACAUGAGGAUAUCCGACAAGAUGAGCGGGUGAUGCAGCUGUUUGGUCUUGUUAAUACCCUUCUUGACAACGACGGUGAGAGCUUCAAGCGUCACCUUUCUGUGCAGCGAUUCCCUGCCAUUCCUCUGUCCCAGAGCUCAGGUCUUCUGGGAUGGGUCUCCAACAGUGACACGCUACACGCGCUGAUUAAGGAAUACCGUGAGAGUCGUCGUAUCUUGUUGAACAUUGAGCACCGCAUCAUGCUUCAGAUGGCACCAGAUUACGAUAAUUUGACACUCAUGCAAAAGGUAGAGGUCUUCGGAUAUGCCAUGGACAACACUACUGGCAAGGAUCUUUAUCGCGUUCUCUGGCUCAAGAGUAAAAGCUCCGAGGCCUGGCUCGAGCGACGAACAAACUACACUCGGUCAUUGGGUGUCAUGUCCAUGGUCGGUUAUAUCCUCGGUCUGGGCGAUCGUCAUCCGUCCAACUUGCUUCUUGAUCGGGUCACUGGCAAGGUGGUUCACAUUGACUUUGGCGAUUGCUUUGAGGUUGCUAUGCACCGUGAGAAGUAUCCAGAGCGAGUGCCUUUCCGACUUACUCGUAUGUUGACCUUCGCAAUGGAAGUUAGCAAUAUCGAGGGAAGCUAUCGGAUUACUUGCGAGGCGGUCAUGCGUGUUAUCAGAGAGAACAAGGAUUCUUUGAUGGCUGUUCUGGAAGCGUUCAUUCAUGACCCGCUUAUCAACUGGCGUCUCGGAGUCCGUGAAUCUCCAGAUCGACUUGCCUUCACAGGCGAACGUCGACAGUCGGUGAUUAACAACGUCAACAUGGAUCACGGCGUCCAACCCAGCAACUUUUCACGCCACCGCAGGCCAUCCAUUUUGGAGGGCGGCAUUCUUGAUGCUCAGGAGGGUAUUCCCAACGAAGCCCGGGAGGCCCAAAAUGCUCGAGCAUUGCAAGUACUCGCUCGGGUUAAGGAGAAGCUCACGGGACGAGACUUCAAGUCGUUCGAGGAGCUCAAUGUGAGUGACCAAGUCGACAAGCUUCUCGCCCAGGCGACCAGCGUCGAAAACAUAUGCCAGCAUUGGAUUGGAUGGUGCAGUUUCUGGUGAUUGUUUCUAAAAUUUAAUGCCUUUCUGGAGUCUCGUGGCGCAGGAAGGUGUGGUAUGACGGAUCUUGCAUGGCGUGGUAUAUUCGCUUUGUAUGUAGACUUACGUUUUCUGUUUCUGCUUUUUUCUCUCUUUCUUUCUCUUUUUCCACGUUAUUUCCCCUUCAAGUAUCUGUCUAUUCCUUUUCUCUUUCCUGCUUUUCUUCCUGUAUAAUCUGUCCCUGCUUGGAGAGGCAAACGUGGGCAUUUCGGGGCAUUGCAUUUUCACAUGCCUGCUGUGGAUUAAUUGUUACAUGGAGAACGAUGGAUAUGAAUGAACGAUAGACCAUCUAGUUAUCAUUGAUUGUCAAUUGCACUAAUCGGUAAUUAUUCCUGG